GAACAUACAGAGCCACUUGUCAUCAGGAAGGUGAUCUCUCAGCGCAACGGAAAAUAUCUCAAUGACUUGAGUUCUGGUUGUGAAUUCAGGAAACAAGGGGUCAGUGCUCUGAAAUGAGUCUCUCUGGGGAGAAAGAGGAGGGGGGUCCUGUCUCUAAAAUGAGUCUCUCUGGGGAGAAAGAGGAGGGGGUCCCUGUCUCUAAAAUGAGUCUCUCUGGGGAGAAAGAGGAGGGGGUCCCUGUCUCUAAAAUGAGUCUCUCUGGAGAACAUGACACCAAAGCUAAGAGGUGAGAUGACAAUGUUGUUUAAGAACUUAUAAAGAGUUUAUUUCUAAAACCUUAUAUCAACAACAAAAAAUUGCAUGUUAUUUUUCAUCAGAAACGAUUGCUUAUGGGGAACCUUCAUGUGUCUGUAAAAUAUUGAUGUUCUAAGAUUUUAAUUCAUUGAUUUGUGGAUGAAUUUUUGUUUUGCAAAACACUAUAUUGCUGGAAUGAAAUGUUUGUAUCCUGUAUAUUUGACGGUUAUAUGUGGUUGUCUCAACAGCACACACACACACACACAUCUUUGCCAGCAUACACACACACACAUCUAUAUAAUUUUUGCAUGACACAAUAAUUUUUCCUACUCUUAUUUAUUGCCUAAUAUAAUUAUUAGGCAAUAGGGGAAUAACGGAAUUCGUUACAGUGUUGAGACACCAAAGUUUAUUGUUCCAUUAGCUUUUUUCUUUACGGUCAGGGACAGUAUGAGUGUAGCCAGAUCCUUUUCACUCGCUAUCCUUGUUUCAUUUUGUGGUGACAGACGAACAACCUGCUAGCUAGUCAAGUUAGUCGGUACAGCUAGGUAAGCUACUGUUGACUAACCCCAUUCUGUACAAAUUUGUGUAACCUCAAAUUCAAACGAGGCUGCAAUGGAAACUAGUGUGACUGUAGCGACUGUGUUGGCAUCAAAAUCUGGGAUGUUGAACAACGUUUCUAUUCAAGCAUUGAUUGACAUCAAAUCAAAUCAAAUCAAAUUUAUUUAUAUAGCCCUUCGUACAUCAGCUGAUAUCUCAAAGUGCUGUACAGAAACCCAGCCUAAAACCCCAAACAGCAAGCAAUGCAGGUGUAGAAGCACGGUGGCUAGGAAAAACUCCCUAGAAAGGCCAAUACCUAGGAAGAAACCUAGAGAGGAACCAGGCUAUGUGGGGUGGCCAGUCCUCUUCUGGCUGUGCCUGGUGGAGAUUAUAACAGAACAUGGUCAAGAUGUUCAAUGUUCAUAAAUGACCAGCAUGGUCGAAUAAUAAUAAGGCAGAACAGUUGAAACUAGAGCAGCAGCACAGUCUUCUGAAAUGUCAUUCAUGGUCUUAUGCUACUAUCUAUUGGAAUUAUUUAGCAACUGCAGUAGUACUGAAUAAUUGGUAAUUCCUUACUAAAGUAGGAGUUACCCAGAAUUGCAAAAUGUUAAAUUGUCUAAUUCAUUUUACCACUUACAAGCUUGCAAUAACCAUGUAUAACAUAAAACAAUGAAACUGUCAUAAACCAAAAACACCAUACAUUUAGUUCAUUAUAUAUAAAUGUUUAUUUAGAUGGGUGACACCACUGUAGACAAAGAAGAGCUCUGCAGUAGGUGUACCAAAACAUUCAAGGAUCAUUUUCUGAAAAGUGAGGUUUCAAGUUUAUCAUCUUCCAAAGCAGAAUUACUUUCCCAUUGUUCCUCAACUGUAGUGUCUGAUAACAUUUUCUAGCUCUGAGUCUCUACUUUAAUCCAAUGUAAAAUAAACACCAUUUAUAAUGUUGCUACAUAAGACUGAAUCUAGCCAGUCAGUAACAUUUGACUGUAUAAAACCGAGCAGUACUAUUUCUCUGAAAGUGUGACAUUUAGCAAUAAAACAUGAUUAUUUGUCUUGAUUUAAAACCAACACAUGGCUGUCAUUAAACAAUCGCAUGUCAUGAUUAGCUAGUAAAAAAACACAUCUAUCACUUUUAUAAUUUCUUUAAACAAUAACAUCUAAUUUACCAACUUUUCUGAAAAUGGAUAUAUAGCGAUUUGGAAUGAAACUAUUAUUAUGUUUCCCCCUCUGAGUUCAGAGUAGAUGAGAGAUGUAAUGUUUGUCUUUGUUGUGUUGAAGUCCAAUCAAGCAGGAGAGACCAACCUCUCCUGUACCCAGCUGUGUGUCCAUGAAGAGUGACCUGUCAAUGGAUAAUUUGAUAGACUUCAGAGAGGGAGAUUAUUCUACUGAACAAAGAACCCAACAGGAGACAUCAGAGUCAGUGAUUCUCAGUGGUCAGUCUUCCCAGAGUCAUCAAACAGACCUGGCCUCCAUAUUCAGUUUGCUUGAAGAGAAUAUUAUCACAUUUGUGAAGAACGAGCUGAAGAGGUACAAGAGGAUUCUUAGUCCGGAACUCCCACAAGGCUUUGAGAGUCAGAAGCAGGAUAAGGAAGUGGAUGCUGAAGAUGAGAAGCAGGAGAGUAGUGCCAGAGAGGGGGCUCUGAAGAUCACACUGCACGUCCUGAGGAAAAUGAACCAGAAGGAGCUUGCUGACACACUGGAGAAAAAUGAACUUGCUGUGAUUUGCCAACGUGAACUCAAAUCUAAUCUAAAGAAGAAGUUUCAAUGUGUAUUUGAGGGGAUCGCUAAACAAGGAAACCCAACACUUCUCAAUAAGAUCUACACAGAGCUCUACAUCACAGAGGGUGGAACAGGAGAGGUCAAUAAUGAACAUGAGCUGAGACAGAUUGAGACAACAAUCAGGAAACAAGCAAGACCAGAGACUGCAAUCAAAUGUAAUGACAUCUUCAAACCCUUAACUGGACAAGACAAACUUAUCAGAACUGUGCUGACAAAGGGAGUUGCUGGCAUUGGAAAAACAGUCUCUGUGCAGAAGUUCAUUCUGGACUGGGCUGAAGGAAAAGCAAAUCAGGAUGUCCAAUUUGUAUUUUCAUUCCCUUUUCGGGAGCUGAAUAUGAUGAAAGAGAAAAAACACACUUUGAUUGAACUUCUCAAUCACUUCUCAAUGGAAACCAAAGAAUCAAGAAUCUCCAACCACGACAAGAACAAAGUUCUGUUCAUCUUUGAUGGUCUGGAUGAGUGCCGACUGCCCCUAGACUUCCAGAACAACGAGAUCUGUUGUGACGUCACCAAGUCAACCUCAGUGGAUGUUCUGCUGACAAAUCUCAUCAAGGGAAACCUGCUUCCCUCUGCUCUCCUCUGGAUAACUACCCGACCUGCAGCAGCCAAUCAGAUCCCCCCUGAGUGUGUUGACCAGGUGACAGAGGUACGAGGGUUCAAUGACCCACAGAAGGUGGAGUACUUCAGGAGAAGAUUCAGUGAUAAGGACCUGGCCAGCAGAAUCAUCUCACACAUAAAGACAUCAAGGAGCCUCCACAUCAUGUGCCACAUUCCAGUCUUCUGUUGGAUUUCUGCAACAGUCCUUGAAGACAUGCUGAAACGUAAGAGAGAAGAGGUGCCCAAGACUCUGACUGAGAUGUACACACACCUUGUGGUGUUUCAUACUAAACAGAAGAAUGAAAAGUAUCUUGGGAAAGAAGAGACAGGUCCACACUGGAAUAAAGAAAGCAUUCUGUCACUGGGAAAACUGGCUUUUCAACAGCUUGUGAAGGGCAAUCUGAUUUUCUAUGAAGAAGACCUGAAAGAGGCUGGCAUUGAUGUCAAUGAAGCCUCAGUGUACUCAGGAUUGUGCACACAGCUCUUUAAAGAGGAAUGUGGGCUGUACCAGGACAAGGUGUACUGCUUCGUGCAUCUGAGCAUUCAGGAGUUUCUGGCUGCUGUAUAUGUGUUCCUCUCAUUCAUCAACAACAAUGAGAAUCUAAUGGCCGAACCUCAAACAACAUCCAGCAACGAUUGUCUACUGAAGCCUGAAGUUACUGUCUACAAGAGUGCUGUGGAUAAAGCCUUACAAAGUGAGACGGGAAACCUGGACCUUUUCCUCCGCUUCCUUCUGGGCCUCUCAAUGGAGUCCAAUCAGAAGCACUUACGAGGUCUACUGACAAAGACAGGAAGCAGUUCACAGAGCCAUGAAGAAACAGUCAAUUACAUCAAGGAGAAGAUCAGUGAGAAUCCCUCUCCAGAGAGGUGCAUCAAUCUGUUCCACUGUCUGAAUGAACUGAAUGACCAUUCUCUAGUGGAGGAGAUCCAAAGGUACCUGAGCUCAGGAAGUGUCUCCAGUGAUGAACUCUUACCUGCACAGUGGUCAGCUCUGGUCUUUGUGUUGCUGACUUCAGAAAAGGAGCUGGAUGUGUUUGACCUGAAGAAAUACUCCAGAUCAGAGGAAGGUCUUCUGAGGCUGCUGCCAGUGGUCAAAGCCUCCAGAUCUGCUCUGUGAGUAAAUACAAAUACA